CACUCAACCUCGUAGUCAACAAAAGCCUCAAUGGGUGGUGUGUUCUUCACUUCUUGUGCAGGAAUUCCAGGACUGGUCAAUUUGACGGCAUGAUGUUCGUAUCAGGGGUGGGUCAGAGCCUUCUCCGGCGAGUGACCACGCCCUCCUGGCUGCAAUUCGGGAGUGUUCGAGCCAUGAGCGCCCGAGCUCGGAAACGGUUCUACAAGAACGUGGCCGUGGUCUCCACUUCUCGUGAGGGUCAAAUAGAUUUUGAGUUGACCCUGGACAAUCGAAAACUCAAAACGCCUUUGGGCAACGAGUUCCGAGUGGACAACGAAAUCUUGGCCCACUCUGUGGCCACAGAAUGGGCGGCCCAAAAAGACUACAUCCUCUUGUCACAGAUGCACUUGACAGGAUUGGCCAACGUCUGCAUCGACAAUCCGACUAACGCCAAGAAAGAAGAUCUUGUCGACCACAUUCUGAACUUCUUAGACACAGAUACCAUCCUUUUCUUCGGAGAGGAGGAAACGCUCUUGGCCAGACAGGUGGAGCAAUGGCAACCGCUCAUCGAUUGGUUCUGUGAGCGUCAUCGCAUCGAAAUCAAAGCCUCCCGAGGCCUGGCUCCCCCGGAAUUCUCUCCCAAUGCUCGCGAUGCCAUCCGGAAGCAUCUCAUGUCCUACAAUUAUCGUGCCAUCAACGGGUUCUCUUUCGGCGUGGACUCGAUCAAAUCGUUGAUCUUAACCGCCGCUCUAGUGGACCGACGGCUAGCCGUUGAUGAAGCCGUUAAACUGUCUCGGCUAGAGCUGGAAGUCCAGACCGAGCGAUGGGGUAACGUGGAAUGGGCCCAUGAUCUCGAGUUAUACGAUACGACGGCCAGAGUGGCAGCUGCCACCAUGUUUGUUCAUUUGAGUAGCAGCUAGCAUUUGCAGCGAGAAAAAGAUGUCCAAGCAUAGUCGGUGUUCAAGUAUAAAUUCUUUUCGUUAUCAAGAAGUCGUAAUACCAUAUGUAUGUCCAUCACUCAA